GGUCCCUGAAAAAAGCGCAGACCAGGCGGGCGCCACCCAGUCCAGAGCCUACAACCUACUUCCUUCUAGCUGCAGCCACUCGUGCAGGAUCAGGUAUCGCCAUGCCGAAGUGCCCCAAGUGCGACAAGGAGGUGUAUUUCGCUGAGCGAGUGACAUCACUAGGCAAGGACUGGCAUCGCCCCUGCCUGAAGUGUGAGAAGUGUGGAAAGACACUGACCUCUGGGGGUCACGCUGAGCAUGAAGGGAAGCCCUACUGCAAUCAUCCCUGCUACUCGGCCAUGUUUGGGCCCAAAGGUUUUGGGCGAGGUGGGGCUGAGAGCCACACUUUCAAGUAGACCGAGGUUGUGGAGACUCUCCCUACCCGCCGAGGCACGUGCCAGGCCUUACCCCCCAGACAGCAGGGCUCUCGGGAGCCCUCUGUGUCUUUAAUAAACCUGAUCUUUGGAAGA